AUGCAGGCCUGGGGCACUGUUGUAGUGACCCUGGCCACCCUGAUGGUUGCCACUGUGGAUGCCAAGAUUUAUGAACGCUGUGAGCUGGCAAGGAAGCUGGAGAAGGCUGGCCUCAAUGGCUUCAGAGGCUACACUGUGGGAGACUGGCUGUGUGUGGCACACUAUGAAAGUGGCUUUGAUACCUCCUUUGUGGACCGCAAUCCAGAUGGCAGCAGUGAAUAUGGCAUUUUCCAGCUGAACUCUGCCUGGUGGUGUAACAAUGGUGUCACAUCCACCCAGAACCUCUGUCACAUGAAUUGUAAUGACCUGCUCAACAACCAUAUUAUUGAUGACAUCGCAUGUGCCAAGCACGUUGUAUCCUUACAUAAGAGUAUGAAUGCCUGGGAUUCUUGGAGCCGGCACUGUGCUGGUCAUGAUUUAUCUGAAUGGCUCAAGGGGUGUGAUGUGCAUCUGAAAAGUGACUCAAGCAAUACUGAGUGGUGA